AUGGAAGGCAAAUCGGGAUCAACUCCUGCAUACAGCGAGCACGGAGGCGGUGGCGGUCAGAAGAGUGAACUUUUCAACGUCCAGAGCUCCUCAAGAGGACCACCCACCACGGGUGAAUGUUACCGGUGUAGCCAUAAAGAUCAUUAUGGAAAUGAUCCGAGGUGUCCGGCACGAUCCGUUCAGUGCACCAGGUGCAAGAGGUAUGGUCAUUUCUCGAAACGGUGCAAAACUGAGUUCGGCCGGCGACCAACACAUCCGCAAUCACAGAACGUGGUUCCCGCCAAGCGGCCGGGCGGUUCUCAGAAUCACUGGGAUAACAAAAAGCCGAAGUACAAUCCGAGACACGAACGCAUUGCGCAGGUGGAAGACAACACGAGUGACCCUGACGAAAAUACAAGCUUCGUCUACAACAUCAGCGAUGGAGAUGAGUUUAUUUGGGUUAAAGUUGGAGGCGUUCUUAUCCAGAUGCUCAUCGAUUCCGGAAGUGCUAAGAAUAUUCUGGAUGAUCGAGCCUGGGAGCACCUGCGAGUACAAGGAGCGGUGACAACAAACUUCCGAACCGAUUGUGAUCAGAUUUUCCGAGCGUACGGACGGGAAUCAGCUCCUCUGAAGAUCGUUUGCGUUUUCGAAGCGGAUAUUGCAAUAGAUGGAGCAGCCGACCGGAUUGAAGGAAGCGAUACGUUCUAUGUGGUUGAAGGUGGAACGCAACCGUUGUUGGGCAGAACGACGGCGAAGAAACUGGGAGUUUUGAAGAUCGGCUUGAGUAGUGUCAACGCUGGUGAAGUUCAGGAACGCAGACCGUUUCCCAAGAUGAAGGACAUAAAGCUGAUUGUCCCGGUUGAUGAAAGUGUCACGCCUGUGGUUCAGAACGUUCGACGACCUCCUAUCGCGCUAUUGACUCGGGUCGAAGAGAAAUUGGAUCAACUGCUUGCAUCGGAAAUAAUCGAGCCAGUAAAAGGCAACAAACUCACGACAACGUUCAAUCCGACGAAGUUCACCGUAGUAGAUCGCUCAGGUGGUCGAGUCACCGUGUCGGACCAGGAGAACGGGAAAACCUACGAACGGAACGUGGCUCAUCUCAAGCGAGUGGUUGAUCCGCCAGCAGACCUCGGAGAACAGUUCGCGGAUUCCGACACGGACGGAGAAGACUUCAGAGGAUUCGAUCAAAUCGAAAUUCAGGAGAAGUCCCCUCCGAAAGGAAAGCGCACCCGCCGUUGCCCGACCAAAUUUAAUGAUUUUGUGAUGUGA